AUGCACGGCCUCAUUCGUUUCGGCAGCUCACUGCUGCUCGCUUCGGUGUCAGCUCGUGGAAUUCCAACAACUGCAUUCGCAGGUAGAGAUGGCAAGCUAAGCUUGAGCGGGAUCAACAGCAUCAUUGUGGACAGCCAGUAUGCUGAAUCUACUAACACCAAAGGAGAAACCCUGAUACCCCCUUCACUACAAGACUUCGCCGAGACUUUUGCAAAGGACCUCAGCGGCCUGCAUAUAAACGUCAGCUGUUACACUGGAACCAAUGCAUCCGAUGGAUCCAUCUUCCUUACUAUCGGAAACUCCAAAGACUAUCUGGACGUCGCUGGACGGGAAUCCGCUGAAGGCUACUCGCUGUCGGUCUCAGACGAAGGUAUAAAGAUCGUCGGUGCUAGUUCUCUCGGUGCAUGGUGGGGGACACGGACUGUUCUCCAGCAGGUCAUUCUAGGCAAUGGUUCUAUCCCCUACGGAUCCUUGACCGACACUCCAGAAUGGGGGACGAGAGGCAUGAUGCUUGAUGCAGCUAGGCACUGGUACCCUGCGGACUUUUUGAUCGAGAUGUGCGCAUACAUGUCUUUCUUCAAACAGAACACCUUUCAGGUUCAUUUGAGCGACAACUUGUAUAACAAUGUCGACAUCUAUAGCCGGGAGAGGUCAUUAGAUCUCUAUGCUCGUUUUCGCUUAUGGUCGGACGACGAAGCGGUGGCCGGCCUGAACGAACACAAAAACGAGUCCUAUACUAGAGAGCAGUUUGAUGAGAUCCAGUCGGCAUGCGCGGCUCGCGGUGUCACAAUUCUUCCAGAGAUCGAAGCCCCUGGUCACGCUUUACCUUUUGUACAGUGGAAGCCAGAGCUUGGUUUGGAAGAUGAUCUGAGUCUUCUCAAUAUUUCCCAUCCGGAGACCAUUCCGACAAUGAAGACCAUAUGGAGUACUUUCUUGCCUUGGUUUCAUACGAAGACUGUGCACAUAGGAGCCGACGAGUACACUGCGGAGGUUAACGACUACAACAUAUUCGUCAAUAGCAUGGCAGAUCAUAUUCAAAGCGAGGCGAACAAGUCCAUUCGAAUUUGGGGCACCUUCCCACCGAACUACACUGAUCCCGGGUAUAUCAACAUCUAUAAUAACGUAUCGGUUCAACAUUGGGAGUUCUUCGAAGACAACCCUCUCUACGAUUACAUCUUGAACAAUUAUACAGUCCUCAACUCUGAUGACACAUUUUACGUGGUGAAUAAAUGGUCGGGCAGUUACCCGCCGCAGGUGAACGUUUCCGCAACGUUUAUUGGCAAUCCAAACACUGGAGGGGGACUUUGGUAUCCAUACGUUUUUGAUGCUCGCAACAGCUCAAAUAAUCCCUCUCGUGAUGAGCCACUCGUUCUUGGGGAGAUUGCACCACUUUGGAAUGACUACGGCCCAAACGCCACUGUAUACUCGGAAACCUUCUACGCAUGGCGAAGAGGGAUCCCCGCUUUAGCUGAUAAACAAUGGGGCGGGAAUUUGUCUGCGGCCGAAUUCGAUCCGGUUCUCGAACUUCUGAGAAACUUCAUUCCAGGGCAGAAUCUCGAACGAACAAUUCCAUCCGUUUCAUCGUCCAUACUGGACUACUCGUUCGACGCAGGGUACGCUACGUCAUCAGCCAUAUCAGAUGAAUCGGGCAACGGCUACGAUGGCGCCAGUGAUUGUUCUAGGACCGAAAAAGGCUCUCUUCUCGUUGAUACAUGCACGCUCACGACGCCGUUGGCCUCGAAAGGAAGAGAGUACACACUUGCACUGUCUCUACUUCUUUCCUCUCUUGACAGCCCUGAGAACGCAACGCUCCUUUCGGGCCGUGACUCCACGCUCAUGCUCACACCUAACAUCACCCUGUUCCAAGGCGGCAAUUACUAUCGGCUCAACUCAUCCUUGCCUAUGAACCAACGAGUCGAUCUAAACAUCAUCGGACGGGGAAACCAAACAUUCGCGAAAGUCAAUAACCAGACGGAAGAGGAAUUCUUGACAAAGAUGGGCAUCAACGGGGCAAGGUUCGAGUGGGGCCCCAUUGCAAUUGAAGCGCCGGUGCAUCAGAUCGGAGGCGAUAAUGCGGGGUGGAGCGGCGAACUUUUCGCAUUGAAGCUCAAAAGCGUAGCAUGA